AUGUUUGCCAGCUUUGGUCAGUGUACACUGAUCGUGCUCAACCAGCACGCAACACCAAAAGAGGCGGCAACGGCCGCGCCCGUUGCCAAGUCGAGUGGCAUCGAUCUCUCCAAGGUGACGCAAGCCAACAACUUGCUUCCGCCUGGCGCGUGGCUCACGCUGGACGACGCGCUUCUUUACAGCAAGCAAGGCUGCAAGGUGCUUUUGGUGGUUGUAGCAUUUGAUGCGCUCGAGGUCGCACUCAAUCCGCUCUACCUCGUUGGUGUCAACCGGCUGUUUGAAAAGCUCUUUGAGUGGAAGAAUCAGGCGCCAGGAGCCGACCGAGAGCUGCACCUUGUGACGCUAGGGCCCGCGCUCACAACGUACGUGAUCACGGACCAGCGGAGCCAGGGC